AUGUCCAUAGACGUCAACUGGAGGUCCGCCACCUCCGGUCCAGACGGGGAAGCUCUUGCUGAGCGUAUCCGAUCCUUCGUCCACGAUAGAUUCCAGCAGGUCGCUCUGCCCCGGUUCAUCCGUUCUGUCCAAGUCCACGCUUUCGAUUUUGGGACCAUUCCUCCGGAGCUCGAAAUUAAAGAUUUUUGUGAGCCCUUUGCCGACUUCUACGAGGAAGAUGAUGACGACCAUACGUCCGAUGCCUCCGAGGAGCUUGGCUCGGAGCACUCGAGUCAGUGGAACAGAACCCGUCCGGAGAUCAAUGAACCCUCCUAUCGAGAAGAUCCAGCCGUGAAUCAUUCCUUACGAGAUCCUUUCCCUGACGGAUUUCCUGCCUCCCCCUUGCGAUCGCCCUUAGGCGAGCACCUCAAUCACCAUUUCCUCCCCCGAGCGGGUACUCCAGGUAUUCCGGGCGGAACUUCGACAUUAGGUUAUCACCUGAUGUCGCUCGGUGGGCUGUCCGGUACGCAAACACCCCUUGCUGCAGUGGCGGGGGGGAAUCCAUUUGCGAGCGGUUGGUCGGAUUCCGGCAUGGGGCCGGGGAACAGGGGUCGUGUGGAGAGACACGCCGGGAUGCAGCACCAACGCGCCGAACCCGAGAUCGACACCAGCAAUUCGACAUCCCGUCCGUCAACAGCAAAUACCCUUCCCUCCCAUCCCUCGGGCUCAACCAAGAACAGCGGCGAAGGCGCGACCGGGAGAAACGACCAUUCAUCACUCCAUGCUGGGGAACACCUAGAGGACCCGGUUACGCCGGGGCAUCUACCUCUACCCCCACGGAUGCGCGAGCGCCGCCCGGAAGAUUUCCAAGUUCUCUGCCAUGUCAAGUACGCCGGCGACGUGCGCUUAUCUUUGACGGCAGAGAUCCUCCUAGACUACCCAAUGCCCAGCUUCGUGGGUCUUCCACUAAAACUCAAUGUCACCGGCAUCACCUUUGACGGCGUAGCUGUCAUCGCAUAUAUCCGUAAACGAGUACAUUUCUGCUUCUUAUCUGCGGAAGACGCGGACGCCCUGAUUGGUUCCGAGCAGCAGCAGCAACAGCAGCAGGAAUCGGCAGGGGAUGACCACCGUCCGCAGUCCCGACCUGACUCUUCCGCCUCGGCGUCCCAAAAGCGCCAUGGAGGCUUGCUGCAGGAGAUCAGGGUAGAAAGUGAGAUCGGCCGCAAGGAAGACGGGAAGCAAGUAUUGAAGAACGUGGGCAAGGUCGAACGCUUUGUCCUCGCGCAGGUGCGCAGAAUCUUCGAGGAGGAGCUUGUUUAUCCUAGCUUCUGGACUUUUCUUAUCUAA